AUGACACGUUCAAUCCCCGGGCUGGCCGAGGAGGAGCUCGCUGCGUUCAACAAGGAUGGAUAUCUCAUUAUCAAGAACGCCCUACUGCCCGAGACGGUCUCAGACAUGAUGAAGGAGACGCAGCAUCUGCUGUCUUCGUUCUCGGUUGAGGACCACCCUCUCACGCGUUUCAGCACAGGAACGAAGUCGGAGCAUGUUGGGGACGACUACUUCUUGACAUCUGGAGAUAAGAUCCGCUUCUUCUUUGAGGAGGAUGCCUUUGACGAUGACGGGAAGCUCACCAAGCCGAAGGAGAAGGCCCUCCUGGAUGAGCAAGGCGCAGUCUCCCGAGGUGAAGUGGCCCCUGCAGCUGUGGCGAGGGCGCUGGGAUACCGAGACCCGAGAUGCCUCCAAAGUAUGGUGAUUUGCAAACAGCCAGAGAUUGGAGGAGCAGUCCCCCCUCAUCAGGACUCUACGUUUCUGUACACGGACACCCCCUCGGCGGUUGGGUUCUGGUACGCGCUUGAAGAUGCCACGCUGGAGAACGGCUGCCUGAGCUUCCUGCCGGGUUCUCACCGCUGGGCGCCCAUCGACAAGCGUCUGGUGAGGAAACCUGGCGAUGCCGGGACGGAAAUGGUGGACAAUCAGGGCCCUGUAUUUCCUCGGGGCGAGGGAUACGGGCUGGAGACGCCAGGGGGGGGCCUGGAUGGGCAGUAUGUCGCCGGAGAAGUCAAGGCCGGAGACUUGGUGCUUAUCCAUGGAAAUUUGCUUCACAAGUCUGAGAAGAAUACGUCGCAGAAGGGAAGAAUCAUCUACACUUAUCAUGUUAUCGAGGGUGAGGGAUGCCAGUAUGACAAGAGAAAUUGGCUCCAGCCCUCCCAAGGGGGCUUCACGAAAUUGUAUGCUUAA